GAAGAGGGUGGGGAGGGGAAACCGGUGUCUCCCCCGGGGGCAGUCGCGCAUCGUCCCGAACCCACAGAGGCAGAACUUUCAGAGACGACUUUUAUCAGUUUGCGCCCACCUUUUUGCCAAACCCUAAAAUGAAAGGACAAAAGUUGGCGCUGACUCUGGCAGCUCGGAUGACGACUGGAGCGUUUUCUGCGGCAUCUCCAGGAGAAAAACCCGUGCGCGUCUGAUUGUUCUGUGGCCCCAAGCUGCAGUGCGCGUGUGUGUGGGGGGUGUGUUUGGGUGUGUGUCUGUGUGUGUACACAGACGUCCACACACUCACUCGCGGCCGCGGGAUCAGCGCCUGGAAGCAGACGUUUCGGCCACAGACUCAGACUCUUAGAGGAGGAGCUGGCUAUCGGGAGGCGUGAGCCGCCAAAAGUCUGCAGGAUCCUGGUGUGAAUGAACCGGAGGCACCUGGGCGCGGGGAUCACCUCCCCCACCCCCCGCCCCGGGCCAGAGUUGAGUUGUGGGGCAUUUUUUUUUUUUCACCCUCUUGUGAAGAAUUUUUUUUUUUUAUUAUUUGUUGUAAAGUCUUUUGCACAAUCACGCCCACAUUUGGGGUUGGAAAGCCCUAAUUACCGCCGUCGCUGAUGGACGUUGGAGAGGGAGCGCCUCGCCGAGGAACAGUCGCCUGCGCGCCCUCGCCGGACCCGUGGCUCCCUUGUUGCGCGCCGGCCGGGUCCUGCUCCUGCUGCCGGCAGGCGGACUUCGGCGCCCCCUCGGUUCCCGCGCGCAUCCCAGCGCUACUCUGGCUUGGACACCCAAACUCGAACGCUAGUGACGGCUUAGGCUCCAGUCCCCAGAGCCUGCCGGACGAGCCGUGGAGAGACCCGCAGCUCUGCGCAGGAUCGCCUCCGCAGGCUUAACGAGGCCGCUCCGCUUGGAUUCUUCGGCUCUGGUGGCGACUUCCUCCCCGCGCCCCCUCCCCCUCGCAAUGAAGAAGUCGAUUGGAAUAUUAAGCCCAGCAGUUGCUUGGGGGACGGCUGGAAGGGCAAUGUCUUCCAAGUUCUUCCUAAUGGCUUUGGCCAUAUUUCUCUCCUUCGCCCAGGUUGUAAUAGAGGCUAAUUCUUGGUGGUCGCUAGGUAUGAAUAACCCUGUUCAGAUGUCAGAAGUAUAUAUCAUAGGAGCGCAGCCUCUCUGCAGCCAACUGGCAGGACUUUCCCAAGGACAGAAGAAACUCUGCCACUUGUAUCAGGACCACAUGCAGUACAUCGGAGAGGGCGCCAAGACGGGCAUCAAGGAGUGCCAGUAUCAGUUCCGACACCGGAGGUGGAACUGCAGCACCGUGGAUAACACCUCUGUCUUCGGCAGGGUCAUGCAGAUCGGCAGCCGCGAGACGGCCUUCACGUACGCGGUGAGCGCCGCGGGGGUGGUCAACGCCAUGAGCCGCGCCUGCCGCGAGGGCGAGCUGUCCACCUGCGGCUGCAGCCGCGCCGCGCGCCCCAAGGACCUGCCGCGGGACUGGCUGUGGGGCGGCUGCGGCGACAACAUCGACUACGGCUACCGCUUCGCCAAGGAGUUCGUGGACGCCCGCGAGCGGGAGCGCAUCCACGCCAAGGGCUCCUACGAGAGCGCGCGCAUCCUGAUGAACCUGCACAACAACGAGGCCGGCCGCCGGACGGUGUACAGCCUGGCCGACGUGGCCUGCAAGUGCCACGGGGUGUCAGGCUCGUGCAGCCUCAAGACGUGCUGGCUGCAGCUGGCCGACUUCCGCAAGGUGGGCGACGCCCUGAAGGAGAAGUACGACAGCGCGGCGGCCAUGCGGCUCAACAGCCGGGGCAAGCUGGUGCAGGUCAACAGCCGCUUCAACUCGCCCACCACCCAGGACCUGGUCUACAUCGACCCCAGCCCCGACUACUGCGUGCGCAACGAGAGCACCGGCUCGCUGGGCACGCAGGGCCGCCUGUGCAACAAGACGUCGGAGGGCAUGGACGGGUGCGAGCUCAUGUGCUGCGGCCGCGGCUACGACCAGUUCAAGACGGUGCAGACCGAGCGCUGCCACUGCAAGUUCCACUGGUGCUGCUACGUCAAGUGCAAGAAGUGCACGGAGAUCGUGGACCAGUUCGUCUGCAAGUAGUGGGCGCCCCGCCGCCCGGCCCCACUCCCAGGACCCACUUAUUUAUAGAAAGUACAGUGAUUCUGUUGUUGGGUUUUUUUUUUAAUGUGUUUUCCAUCCCCAAGAAUUGCAACCGGAACCAUUUCCACCCCCUGUUCCCAUCUGAGGACUCUGUGGUUAAUAAUAUUAUAAUUAUUAUUUGGCAAUAAGGGGGUUGGGAACCAAGAAUAUAUUUAUUUUGUGGAUCUUUGAAAAGGUAAGACAAGACUUGUUUUGGUGGUAUAAUGGAUGGGGGGAUAAAACAUGCCCUUGCUGAGAUGUGUGCACAUCUGGAGGUCAAGGAAACAUUGUUUUCUUUGUCUCAGUGUUCGUAUGGGACAGGUAGCAUCCCACUGCAAGAGGGUGGCAGAGCUAUGCAUGACUCAGCACCUGUGACCAAAAGGAGUUCUGUGCUCUGGGGAAGCCAGAAGGUCUUGAGAAACAGAUAAAACAAUGAGAACCCUACCCCCUCUUUCCCCGGGGCUGCCAGCCUGAAGUAUUUCCAAAAUGUAUUUAAAAUUUAAGAAUGAGAAUCUCAUUUCCCUUUAAGAAAGAAGGUUUAUCACAUGUCUCACUGACCAGCAUUCCAUCUACAGCUGGUCCAUUCUGUUAGCUACUGAAACCUGGGGAGCAGGGAGAGAAGCCCCGGACAUUAAAACAACAACUCCUUAUAUUGAGUCAGUUGACUUAACAUUCAAAGCUGUUGUGAGAAUCAGGUUAUCCACUUGGAAAAGGAUCCCUGAAUGAUUGUGGUACCAGACUUUUUGUUUGGAGAAGGGCAGGGAGGUUGGCUUGGCGAUAAAGGAAAAUAUACUGUAAUUUUCUUAGGGAUGCUUGGUUAAUAAAUGAUAAUAAUGAAAAUAACACACGAAUUCCAUUCACAGAUCCUCAACCCGAACUACAAGGUAAUUGUGUGCAGUGCAGCCCUGCACCAGAGCAGAAAGCCUAUUUGAGGGGAAAAAGUGACCUCCACCCUCCCUCCUUGACCCCGAGCCCCCUCCGACGCCGUGCCUUGCUGCGCUGCGGCCUCGUUUCCAAGCGGAGCUCCACCGGGUCCCCUCUGAUUGUAGGACAGGAAAUGAAACCUUAGGAGCUCCGCUUGGAAAACAGCUUGCUACUUGGGGAUUUUAUUCCCCCUACAACUUUUAUUUCGAGGAACAGUAGUCUUCUAUGUUUUCAUGACGUCACUUGGCGAAUGGACUGCACAGAGGUGUGGCAGCAUUUCUGUCUUCUGAUCCUGUGUUCAGACUCUCCACUGACGCUUCCUGUUCUUCUGCAGGUGUACCUGGAACUGUUCCCAGUGGACUCGAAGAGUUGGCUUUAUAAGGGGGGAUUGGUUCCGUGGUUCCUGAAAGCUCAGUCUCUUGUACAUAACAUAUAUAUAUAUAGACAUAUAUAUAUAUAUAAAUAUAAAGAUGAUUAUAUCUCAGUGCAGCCAGUGAUUUAGAUUUACAGUUUACUCUGGGGUUAUUUCUUCGGUCUAGAGCCUUGUGGUCCUCCACUGCAACCCAGGUGGGAUUUUCCCCGACGGUUUCUAAGGAAUCUGGAAGGUCUUAGUCGUGGGCAUGGUGGUUGGAAGAUUUCUUUGGUCUCCCUGCUCCAUCCCCUGGUUCUCCAGCCUCGUUUUCUGCACCCUUUCUGGAGAGGGCAUUACUUGUUCAUUACAGAGGUGGGAAUGAAGAGGACACGCUGUCAGCAUUUCUCUCUCCUUUGCUCACUCUGCAGGGUGGAACUUGGUGCCUGUUAGACCUGAGGGCACCUAUACCGAGUCCCUAGCGAAAAUCCAGCUCACAACAUCUUUAGCUAGUUUAAAAAAACAAAAACAACAAAAAACCAGGACACCUCUUUUUCAAAGAGUGCAUCAUCUGUGUUCUCAUCUUGUACUGUUUGAGAAGUUUGGGAGAGACACGUUCUCCUGCAGCCUUCACAGGCUCAGUGGCCCUCAGGUCACCCCGGCCACCAGCGGCUCUUAUUGCACAAGGAUAUUCACUCCCCCUGCCCCCAGCUGCAGUGAAUUGCAAGCAAAAGAUCUUGAAAGUAAAAAGCACUAAUUAGUUUAAAAUGUCACUUUUUUGGUUUUUAUUAUACAAAAACCAUGAAGUAAUUUUUUUUAUUUUCUAAACCAGAUUUUUUGUUCCUUUCUAGUGAUUCAUGUUUAUGAAGAGAGUUGAGUUUAACAAUCCUAGUUUUUAAAAGAAACUAUUUAAUGUAAAAUAUUCUACUUGUCAUUCAGAUAUUAUGUAUAUCUUUUAUGGCCUUUAUUCUGUACUUUUAAUGUACAUACGUCUGUCUUGUGUGAUUUGUAUAUUUCACUGGUUCAAAAACAAACAUUGAAGGCUUAUGCCAAAUGGAAGAUAGAAUAUAAAAUAAAAUAUUACUUGUAUAUUGGUAAGUGGUUUCAAUUGUCCUUCAGAUACUUCAUGUGGAGAGUUUUUGAGAAAACAUGAGGGAUAGUUUAGGGGUGACUACAUGUCAGAAUAAUAGAAGAGUGGAGAAUUUUACCAAAACCAAACUAUUUGGGAGCUUCAAAAGAUUUCUAUAUGUAACGGAACAAAAGGGGAAUUCUCUUUUCCUAUAUAUGUUCCUCAAGAAAAUCAAGCAGAUGGCUUAAAGCUGGUUAUAGGAUUGCUCACAUUCUUUGAGCAUUAUGCAUGUAACUUAAUUGUUUUAGAGCGUGUUGGUAUUGUAGCAUCUCAGAGAAGAACUGAAAAGGCACAUGCUUUUAUCCAUGAACAGAGUUUUAGUGCAAAAAAAGUAUAUUUGUGUUCACCACUGCAGCUAGUGCGCCACUCUAUUUGAACUUUCUGUGUAUGGAGUGUCUCUUUGCCCCUUGGAAAGUAGUUUAUUAAAAGCAAGCCUCAAUCUGCAGAGAAUGAAGGAAACUGAAGGUUCGUUGUCUUAAGUGCAAUUAAUACGAGCCCUUGUGCUUCUUGAAGGCGCAGUGAGUCUGGGCUGCGAUGAACAGACUGAUACGUUAGCCCCUUGCUUUUUUCUUUCUGGAUAACCUUGUAACAUAUUGAAACCUUUUAAGGAUGCCAAGAAUGCAUUAUUCCACAAAAAAACAGUAGACCAACAUAUAGAGUGUUUAAAAUAGCAUUUCUGGGCAAAUUCAAACGCUUGUGGUUCUAGGACCCACAUCUGUUUCAGUUUUUCCUCAGUUGUAUAUUGACCAGUGUUCUUUAUUGCAAAAACAUAUAUUCGAUUUAGGAGUGUCAGCAUUUUUUUUUUCUUCAUCUCAUCCUGGACUGCAUUCAAGAUCUUCCCAAUACAGGAAAAUUAACAAAAAAUUUAUAUACAGGCAGCAGCGAACGGAGGUAUAUGUUCAAAAUAGUAAUUAUGGGCUUAAGUAAAAGGAAGGCUGUUUGAAGCUUUAGUCCAGUAUAUCUGUUGAGUUCCUUGAGCUGUUGGCCUCCCGAGACCGGCACUGUUUAGUAGGCCAUGCAGACCUCUGCUUGUUCUAUUUUCUAGUACAGUUUUCCGUUUGUUUUUGUAAGACCUUACUCAAGCCCCAGAAUCAUCAAGGAUGACAUGCUAGCACAAGUGUUCCAAAUAAGAGACUGUCACGGGCUGGCUCCUAGAGAUCAUCCGCAAAAGCAACCCCCAAAGAGUGAGUGAUCCAUAGUGUAGACAGAGACAGCUAGAAAAAGCACUAAUAACUUGAAGGAUAUAUAUGGUGCAAAUACACACCAAGGCAUAGGUUUGCAAUACUGCAUUGUCACUGUAAAAUAUACUUCUAAAAUAUUUAUUUUUUUAAAAAGUAUUUGUUACUCUCCCCUCUCUGUGGAUUGGUGAGAGCCAGAUGCAGAUGCUAUACUUUGAAAGUAAGACAAUGAAAUGCAUUCUUAAUAUUGGAAACAGCAAGGCAGGAAUUAAAACUGAGUAAAAGAAUCUUCCAAUUUACCUAUUCACACAGACCUUAUAUUUAACUCUGAUGACUGGAUAAUAUUUUAAUGUUAGAGAAACAGCAUCUUGUUAGCCAACUUUUAAAAAAUGGAUGUGGAAUGAUUAAAGGCCGGUAUGAUUUUUUCUUAAAAAUGUAUCAAUUUUAAUCUAGAAGAUUUAAUUAACAUGCUGUCUCUGUAUUUCAGAGGCAAACAAGAAAUGAGGAAAAUUGCAUUGUAGACCAGCUUUACAUGCAGUGUACUAUUUGCUGGGCUAGAAAUGAGAUAAAGAUUAUUUAUUUUUGUUCAUAUCUUGUACUACUUUUCUAUUAAAAUCAUUUUAUGAAA